AUGUCAUUAAAAUCAGUCGUAUUGGGCGAUGAUCGAGAAGCAUCCAUCAAGCAUCAGGUUGUAUCGGUACAUAAAGCGUUAAAUAAAAAUGAAGUACCACUUAAACAUAAACAUGCACGGCAAGUAAUCGUUGGAACGCAUAAGGAGAAAUCUUGUGCAUUAUUUUGGAGUUGUAUUUCGCGCAUUCAGCUGGAAAAAAACCCAGUCAUUAGCUGGAAAUUUUGUCAUUUGCUUCACAAGCUAAUCCAGGAUGGUCAUCGAAAAGUGUUAGAAGAAUCGGUUCGGUAUAAAGCCCGUAUCGAAGCGCUAGGGAAUUUUUGGUAUCAUCUUGAGAAUUCCGAUUACGGUCGGCCUAAUUCUUCUUAUUGUAAAAUGCUCGUCAGCCGCCUCGAAUUUCAUAGCCGAAAUCAUUCUAUACCGGGGAAUCUAAGAUUGAACGCUAAUCAGGUUAAGGCAUUAACAAAUGCUGAUGUGAACCAGUCGUUUGAGCUUUCAAUUGAAAUGCUGGAUCAAAUGGAUGAUUUGCUGGCUUUGCAGGCGGCCGUUCUCAGAAAAGUGGACAAUGUUAAUUGGAGUUCUUUAGUUCCUCAAGGACAGUGCAUGUUAUCACCAUUAAUACUUAUAAUUCUUGAUACAAGCAAAUUCUAUGAUCAUCUGGUGAAAUUAAUUUUCAAGUUGCAUUCAAAAUUGCCUCCAGACGCACUGCAAGGUCAUAGGAGUCGAUUCAAUUCUAUUUUUCAGCAAACAAAGGAAUUUUAUGAAACUUCAACAAAUUUGCAGUAUUUUAAAUUUCUAGUUUCAAUUCCAAAACUGCCGACAUAUCCACCUAAUUUUCUUCAGGCAUCUGAACUCGAAAGUUAUCAAGCACCAAAUGCUUAUCUUCACGGUGAUAACGUUAGCGAAGCCGAUACUCCUCCUGAUGAACGAUCUGUAACUGAAGAAAGUUUAGUCGAUGUUGUAGAAACUGGAUUGCAGAACAGUUUUGAUCAUAUGGGUUCAAAAGAUGCGAUAAUUGAAGCUUUAAGGCGAGACGUGGAAGAUGCGCGUUAUCACAAUGAAAGGCUUAUGAACGAGGCACGUGCUCGUAUUGAACAGUAUGAAAAACGCUUAGUGCAAGCGCAACAAGAAAAUGAUCAUUACAAGCAGACACUGGAUGAAGUGAAGGGCGAAGUCGAUAGGUUACGACAGUUAACCAUAGCAAGGGGACAGCAGGCAGUCGAUGAGGCCCGGUUACUCGAAACUGAACAAAAAGCUCAAAGCAGUGAACUUAAUUAUCAGAGAAUGAAGAGCGCUUAUACUAAUUUACGACAAGAGCACAUUGAGGCCCUCAAGAAGCUUUCUGAGGCUCAGAAAGAGUUAACAUCUUGUCAGACGGAGAAGCAAGGCAGUGAAGAAACCAUUUCAAAUCUGGAAAAGAAAGUAGCAGAUUUGGAACAAGAAACAACCGAUAACAAAGAAAAAGUACAAGAUGCUAGUAUAAACAUCGACAACCUCCAAAGAAGGAUAACUGAACGAGAUAAUGAAGUUCGGGAACUGAAGCAAGUAUGUUGUAAAUCAAAAAAGGUUGAUGUUUUAAAAGAAAAUCUAUCCAAAAGACAGGAAGGAAGUUUAAGAUUAGAACAAAAAAUUCGAGCAGUAGGUGGUUACACAAUGGAGCAGAUGAAAGCAGAAAAUAUCAAGAAUGUGGAAGAAAUGGAAGAGAAAAACACAGCCAAAUUAGACACUGUUCUGAAAAAUUCAUUAAUUAUACAGUUGCAUUUUUAUCUCGUUCAUUUCACCAUUACAGUUUCUUUGGGUGAAGUGUAUAGUCAAAUCCUGAAACAGUCGGGUGAGGAUCUCCAGCAUGUUUUAUCAAUCACUUACCCUAAUCAAUUAGUUCUACCAGCUCUUCGUUUUGUCGUUGAAACUACUGAAAAAGCGAUUAAUGAAGCCGAUGGUGAACAAUCUGACAAGUUAUUUCGUACUUUGACUUUUUUGGGGCAUUAUCUUGCUGAUGUUUUAUUAAAUAGUGCUGCUGCGGCUAAUGUUGUUUCUAUCGAGCAUUUUCAAAUAGUGCAGGAACAAUGCUGUAUUGUAAUAGCUGACGCUGUUACUGCUUAUUCAGUGGUUGGAAACCGAAGUUUGAAGUCUGUUAAGGAACCUUUGGUAAAGCUUAAGAGUUCUUUGGAAAGACUAGAAGAAAUGUGUCUCAAUUUGCCGGCUGGUUCGAGUGAUGUGACGGCUGAAAUAAUCGGUGCUGAACUUGAGCAAGAGAUGAAACGUAUGGACGAAGCAAUCCAAAAAGCUGUACAAUUAAUUGAAGAAAUGCAAAAGAAAAGUCGAGCUACUGAUUCCGGGAUACGUUUAAAGGUCAGCGAAGAAAUUUUGGAUUCUUGCAACCAGCUAAUGGCAGCAAUAGUAACGUUGGUAACAAAAAGUCGAGCAUUGCAAGAAGAGAUCGUUGCCGCUGGUCAUGGCACAGCUAAUCCAAAUGAAUUUUAUAAACGAAAUCAUCAGUGGACUGAAGGUUUACUUUCAGCAGCUAGAGCGGUUGGAGUUGCAGCAACGGUGCUUGUUCAAAGGGCGGAUGAUGUAGUUUCUUGUCAAGGGAAAUUGGAAUAUUUGAUUGUUGCAUCACAAGAGAUUGCAGCAAGCACUGCACAAUUGUUUGUAUCAUCUCGUGUGAAAGCAGACCGUGAUUCACAGCGAUUGAAAGAGCUCUCUGCAGCAUCCUGUUCGGUAAAUAACUGUACUGCAAAUAUUGUUGCUACGGUGAAAAAUGCUCAAAUAACCUUGAAUGAGCAAAGAGAUCUCGACUUUAGUCAUUAUACUCUACACGAUACAAAAAAAGAAGAAAUGGAAAGCCAGGUACGUAUUUUGGAGCUGGAAGACAAAUUAGUACGCGAACGGACACAUCUUGCGCAGCUAAGAAAGCAACAUUAUCAACUCGCCCAAAUUGCUGAAAAUGAUAGUAUUUCUGCUGAUAGAUAA